AUGCUGCUCCCUGCCCUCCUCUUUGGGAUGGCAUGGGCAUUGGCUAACGGGCGGUGGUGCGAGCGGACGGAAACCUUCCUGGUGGAGGAGGAAGUGACCCCCCGCCAGGAGGGCCUGGUGCCUUGCACCAGCCUCUACCAUUACCAGCGCCUGGGCUGGCGACUCGACCUGUCCCGGAGCGGACCUGCAGGGCUCUGUCCCAUCUACAAGCCCCCAGAAACCCGGCCUGCGGCAAGGAACCGGACAGUGACGGCUUGCUGCCCAGGCUGGGGGGGCACACACUGCACUCUGGCCCUUGCAGAAGCCAGCCCUGGGGGCCACUGCUUUGCCACACAGCAGUGCCAGCUGCAGCCAGGCUCAGCUAAUGCAUCUGCGGGAAGCCUGGAGGAGUGCUGUGCUUGGCCUUGGGGACACAGCUGGCGGGAUGGCAGCUCCCAGGCCUGCCUCAGCUGCCCUGGCCGACACCUCCCAGGCAGCGCUCCCUCUCCAGCCUCCCUGCAGCCCCUGGUGGGGGCCGUGGCCCAGUUCUGGAGCCAGCGCCAGCAGCCGGCGGCCACCUGCACCACCUGGUCAGGCUUCCACUACCGAACCUUUGACGGGCGUCACUACCACUUCCUGGGCCGCUGCACUUACCUGCUGGCAGGCGCUGCUGAUUCCACCUGGGCUGUCCACCUCACGCCCAGGGGGCAUUGCCCCCAACCUGGGCACUGUCAGCUGGCCCGGGUAAUGAUGGGACCCGAGGAGGUGCUGAUCCAGGGUAAAAAUGUCUCUGUGAAUGGGCAGCUGAUACCUGAUGGGGAGUCUCGGCUGCUCCAGGGGCUGAGCCUGCAAUGGCAAGGGGACUGGCUGGUGUUGUCGGGGGGCCUGGGGGUCGUUGUGCAGCUGGACAGGUCCGGUUCAGUCUCCGUUUCUGUGGACUACGAGCUCCAGGGACAAACUCAAGGUCUCUGUGGGGUCUACAGUGGCCGGCCUGAGGAUGACUUCCUGGAGCCAGGAGGGAGACUGGCUGUGUUAGCUGCCACCUUUGGGAAUUCCUGGAGGCUCCCUGACUCAGAGCCUGGGUGUCUGGAUGCAGUGGAAGCGGCCCAGGGCUGUGAGGACCCCGUGAGAGGCACAGAGGCAGGCAUGGAGGCUGGCCAGCUGGAGGCUGAAGCCCAGGAUGUGUGCCACCAGCUGCUGGAGAGUCCAUUCAGGGAAUGCCAUGCUCAGGUCCCCCCUGCUGAGUACCACCAGACCUGCCUCUUUGCCUACUGUUCUGGGGCCCCAGCAGGCAGUGGGCGCGAGAGCCGGCGGGAGGCCGUGUGCACCACUUUGGCCAACUAUGCCCAAGAGUGUGCCAAGCACCAUAUCCACGUGGGCUGGAGGAAGCCAGGCUUCUGCGAGCGCCUGUGCCCUGGGGGCCAGCUGUAUUCUGACUGCGCCUCGGCCUGCCCGCCCAGCUGCUCGGCAGUGGGCGAGGGAGGGGAGGGGUCCUGCCAGGAAGCGUGCGUGAGCGGCUGCGAGUGCCCGCCUGGCCUCUUCUGGGACGGCGCCCUCUGUGUCCCUGCGGCCCGCUGCCCCUGCUACCACCGGCGCCAGCGCUACGCCCCUGGGGACACAGUGCGCCAGCUCUGCAACCCGUGCGUGUGCCAGGACGGCCGCUGGCUCUGCGCGCAGGCGCAGUGCCCCGCCGAGUGCGCGGUGGGCGGGGACGGGCAUUACGUCACCUUCGAUGGGCGGAGCUUCUCCUUCCGCGGCAGCCCAGGUUGCCGCUCCAGCCUGGUGCAGGACUUCUCCAAGGGGCAGCUGCUGAUUGUGCUGGAGCAUGGGGCCUGUGACGCUGGAAGCUGCCUCCACGCCAUCUCUGUCUCCCUGGGGGACACCCACAUCCAGCUCAGAGACUCAGGGGCCGUCCUGGUGGAUGGGCAGGAUGUGGGCUUGCCAUGGAGUGGGCCUAAGGGCCUCAGUGUCUCCCGAGCCUCCUCCACCUUCCUACUGCUGCGCUGGCCCGGGGCCCAGGUCCUCUGGGGAGUGUCUGACCCUGCAGCUUACAUCACUCUGGACCCGCGCCAUGCCCACCAGGUGCAGGGUCUGUGCGGCACCUUCACCUGGAACCAGCAGGAUGACUUCCUGACACCCGCUGGCGAUGUGGAGACCAGCGUUGCAGCCUUUGCUAGCAAGUUCCGGGUGGCAGGCGAGGGAAGGUGCCCCUCAGAAGACAGCGCCCCACUUCCCCCCUGCAGCACCCACUCUCAGCGCCAUGUUUUUGCCGAGGCAGCUUGUGCCGUCCUGCAUGGCCCAACUUUCCAGGAGUGCCAAGGGCUGGUGGACAGGGAACUGUUCCACCUGCGCUGCUUGGCAGCCGUGUGUGGCUGUGCUCCUGGCAAGGACUGCCUGUGUCCUGUGCUUGCUGCCUUGGCUCGUCGCUGUGCCCGGGAGGGUGUCCCGUCUCUCUGGAGGACCCAGACACUCUGCCCUGUCCUGUGUCCCGGGGGCCAGGAGUACCAGGAGUGUGCCCCGGCGUGUGGUCAAAACUGUGGGGAGCCAGAAGACUGUGGGGAGCUGGGCAGCUGUGUGGCUGGGUGUAACUGCCCCCCAGGGCUGCUAUGGGACCCCGAAGGCGAGUGCGUGCCCCCCAACUUGUGCUCCUGCCAGCUUGGAACUCAACGCUAUGCUCCCGGCAGUGCCACCAUGAGGGACUGCAACCACUGUGUCUGCCAGGAGAGGGGCCUCUGGAAUUGCACUGCUCACCGCUGUGGCCCCCAGCGGACCUUCUGCCCCCGUGAGCUUGUCUAUGUCCCUGGUGCCUGCCUCCUUACCUGUGACAACCUGCGUGCCAACCGUUCCUGCCCCCCGGACAGCACAGGGAGCUGUGUCUGUCCCCCAGGCACCGUGCUGCUGAACGAACGCUGUGUGCCUCCUGAGCUCUGUCCCUGCCGUCACGGCGGGCAGUGGUACCCGCCCAACGCCACCAUCCAGGAGGAUUGCAACAUCUGUGUGUGCCAGGGUCGGCAGUGGCACUGCACGAGCCGCCAGUGCCGUGGAUGGUGCCAGGCAUCGGGUGCCCCCCACUAUGUGACAUUCGACGGGCUGGCUUUCACCUUCCCUGGAGCCUGUGAAUAUUUGCUGGUGCGAGAGGCCAGCGGCCAGUUCACAGUCUCAGCCCAGAACCUGCCCUGUGGGGCCAGUGGCCUCACCUGCACCAAGGCACUGACCGUGCAACUACAGAGCACCGUUGUGCACAUGCUCAGAGGCCGAGCAGUGAUGGUGAAUGGGGCGAGCAUAACACUCCCCAAGGUCUACACGGGCCCUGGGCUGAGCCUGCGUCGUGCUGGUCUCUUCCUGCUACUCACAACCCGCCUGGGCUUCAGCCUGUUCUGGGAUGGAGGCACCCGGGUCCUGGUGCAGCUGUCCCCGCACUUCCGGGGCCGUGUGUCUGGUCUGUGUGGGGACUUUGAUGGAGAUGCCAGUAAUGACCUGCGGAGCCGCCAGGGGGUCCUGGAACCCACAGCUGAGCUGGCUGCCCACUCCUGGCACCUGAAUCCUCUCUGCCCUGAGCCAGGAGAGCUGCCACACCCCUGCACCGUGAACGCCCACCGGGCCAGCUGGGCCCACGCCCGCUGCGGGGUGAUGCUGCAGUCGCUCUUUGCCCGGUGCCAUGCAGAGGUGCCCCCACAGCAGCACUACGAGCGGUGUGUGCAUGAUGCCUGCGGCUGUGAUUCGGGGGGUGACUGUGAGUGUCUCUGCUCGGCCAUUGCCACGUAUGCAGAUGAGUGUGCCCGGCAUGGGCUCUUUGUGCGCUGGCGCAGCCAGGAGCUCUGCCCUUUGCAGUGUGAAGGGGGCCAGGUGUAUGAGGCCUGUGGCCCCAUAUGCCCCCCCACCUGCCAUGACCAUGGUCCUGAACCUGGGUGGCACUGCCAGGCUGUCGCCUGCGUGGAGGGCUGCUUCUGCCCCGAGGGGACUCUGCUCCAUGGAGGAGUCUGCCUAGAACCAGCUUCCUGCCCCUGUGAGUCAGGGGGCAGCUUUUUUCCCCCGGGGACUGUGCAGCAGAAGGACUGUGGGAACUGCACAUGCCAGGAAAGUCAGUGGCUUUGCGGGAGUGGCAGGACCCGCUGUGAGGAGCCGGUGCCCGGCUGUGUGGAGGGAGAGGCCCCGUGCCAGGAGAGUGGGCACUGUGUGCCCCACGGGUGGCUUUGUGACAACCAGGAUGACUGUGGCGAUGGCUCGGACGAGGAGGGCUGUGCCACCCCAGGCUGUGGGGAGGGCCAGAUGUCUUGCAGCUCCGGCCGCUGCCUGCCCCUGGCCCUGCUCUGUGACGGGCGGGACGACUGUGGAGAUGGGACGGAUGAGCAGGGCUGCCCGUGCCCCCACGACUCGCUGGCCUGUGCUGAUGGGCGCUGCCUGCCCCCCGCCCUGCUCUGUGACGGACAUCCCGACUGUCCCGACGCUGCCGAUGAGGAGGCCUGUCUGGGGCAGCUGAAUUGCACUCCUGGGGAGGUGUCCUGUGUUGAUGGCACCUGCGUGGGGGCCAUCCUGCUGUGUGACGGAACCUGGGACUGCCCAGAUGGAGCCGAUGAGGGACCCGGGCACUGCCCCUUCCUUUCGCUGCCCACUCCCCCGGCUGGCACUUUGCCGGGCCCCUCCGCUGGCUCUGGGAGACUGCACCAACUCCCCUGGCCAGUGCCAGCCCUGGUGACGCCCCCCUGCGGCCCCCUCGAGUUUCCGUGCGGCAGCGGCGAGUGCGCCCCGCGGGGCUGGCGCUGCGACCGCUCCACCCAGCUGCCCCCCUGCGGUGGCCUCUUCUCCUGUGGUUUGGCUCCCCAGCUGUGCCUGAGCCCUGAGAAGCUCUGUGAUGGAAUCUCUGACUGUUCCCAGGGCGAGGAUGAGCUGGGCUGCAGUAUGGACAGGGUUCCCCUGAUGAAGGCCAAGGCUGAGGGGAUGACAGCCCCAGGAGGCCCCAACGGGACAAGGGUUCCCUGCCCGGAAUACUCCUGCCCUGAUGGCCUGUGCAUAGGUUUCCAGCUGGUGUGUGACGGUCAGCCUGACUGUGAAUUGGCAGGGACAGCAGGGCCUUCCCCAGAAGAGCAGGGCUGUGGGGCCUGGAGCCCCUGGGACCCGUGGGGGCCAUGCAGCAGGACGUGUGGGCCUGGGGUGCAGGCCCGGAGCCGCCGCUGCUCCCCACCUAGUCUCCCGGUGCUGCAGCACUGCCCAGGCCCUGAGCACCAGACUCAGGCCUGCUUCACGGCCGCCUGUCCCGUGGAUGGUGAAUGGACCUCUUGGUCUCCCUGGUCCCCGUGCUCCGAGCCAUGCACGGGCACCAUGACCCGGCAGCGGCAGUGUCACCCACCCCAGAAUGGGGGCCGGACCUGCGCCACGCUGCCCGGGGGCCCUCACGCCACCCACCAGACCAGGCCCUGCCCUCGGGACGGCUGCCUCAAUGCCACCUGCUCCGGGCAGCUGGUGUACUGGCCCUGUGCUCCCUGUCCUCUGACUUGCGAUGAAGUCUCUGGUCGGGCUGUGUGCUCGGCUGACCAGCCCUGCAGCAGCCCAGGCUGCUGGUGCCCUGCCGGACAGGUGCUGGGCAGUGAGGGGCAGUGUGUGUGGCCCCGGCAGUGCCCCUGCCUGGUGGAUGGCACGCGCUACUGGCCUGGGCAGCGCAUCAAAGCCAGCUGCCAGCUGUGCAUCUGCCAGGAUGGGCGUCCCCAACGCUGUCGGCCCGAUCCAGAUUGUGCUGUGAACUGUGGCUGGUCAUCCUGGUCCCCCUGGGCUGAGUGCCUGGGCCCCUGCGGGAGCCAGAGCAUCCAGUGGUCCUUCCGGAGCCCCAACAACCCCCGCCUCUCGGGCCAAGGUCGCCAGUGCCGGGGCAUCCACCGCAAGGCCCGCAGGUGCCAGACGGAGCCGUGUGAGGGCUGUGAGCAGCGGGGCCGGGUCCGCAGCGUAGGGGAGCGCUGGCGAGAGGGCCCCUGCGGAGUCUGCCAGUGUCUGCACAACAGCACCGUGCGCUGCUCUCCCUACUGCCCACUGGGCGGCUGCCCCCAGGACUGGGUCCUGGUGGAGGGAAUGGGAGACUCGUGUUGCCACUGUGCCCUCCCUGGUGAGAACCAGACGAUCCUCACCAUGGCCACUCCUGCCCCUUCUCCAGUCCUCAGUCCCCAGAUCGGACCCCGUCUGGUCACCUAUGUUCUGCCUCCACCUGGAGACCCCUGCUAUUCUCCGCUGGGCCUGGCGGGACUCCCCAGGGAAAACCUGCAGCUGGAGCUCCCCACCCAGGCUGCCCUCUUGGGGGCUCCCACCAGGGGGCCUGGCUAUCGGGGCGGGAGCACGAUCCAGAACACUCGCAAUCAGCGGCACACUCUGCCCCCCUACCUGCAGCUGGACCUGCUGCUGCCCAGGAACCUCACUGGUCAGUGCGGUGGGGGCGGGCUUUUCCUUAAGAACCUGGAUGAAGUGGCCCCCACAGUGUGGAUGUUUGGCCAGAUGGUGCAGACUCAGCAUGUCCGGGUGUGGCCCCGUGUCCCCCACAGUGACACCAACCACAGCACCUCCCCGUGGGUGGAGCUGCUGGGCUGUGAGCCAGUGUCCCCGCUGGUGGUGCCCCUGUGCCCAGGGGCUGGGCACCGCUGUGCCAGUGGUGAGUGUGCCCCAAGGGGAGGCCCGUGCGAUGGCGUGAAGGACUGUGAAGAUGGCUCUGAUGAAGAGGGCUGUGUGCCCCUGCCCACAGACACUGGCAGGUACGGGUGCCCAGCUCAGCCUUGGAGGGGGGAGCUGGAGGGCCUCACCUCUCUCCUUCCUGCACCCACAGGGAAGGGGCCAGUGACUCAGGUCCCAGACUCCGAGGCUCCUCGCUUGAGUCCUAGGGAAUCUGUGCAGACCAUGACCACCCCCCCCACCUCCCAGCCUGAGGCCAAGGCCCUGAGACCAGGAACGACAGCCAUGACAGAGCUCCCCCUGCACCCCAUGAGUCCAGUGGCCCCUGCUGGCCAGAGUGUCGCCCCGCCACCCUUCCCACCUGUGCAGUGUAGCCCAGGCCAGGUGCCCUGUGAGGUGCUGGGCUGUGUGGAGCGGGAGCAGCUGUGUGAUGGGAGGGAGGACUGUCUGGACGGCUCCGAUGAGAGGCGCUGUGCGAGCGCCGCGCCCUUCCUGGUGCCCACCACGGCCCUGCCUGGGCUGCCGGCCUCGAAAGCCCUCUGCUCCCCGAGCCAGCUGAGCUGCGAUAGUGGGGAGUGCCUGCCGGCCGAGCGACGCUGUGACCUGCGGCCUGACUGCCAGGACGGCUCUGACGAGGACGGCUGUGUGGACUGUGGGCUGGCGCCCUGGUCUGGCUGGAGCAGCUGCAGCCGCAGUUGUGGGCUGGGCCUCGCCUUCCAGCGCCGGGACCUGCUGCGGCCUCCCCUGCCUGGGGGCACCUGCCCGUCUGACAGGCUCCGCAGCCAGCCCUGCUUCGUGCAGGCCUGCCCAGUGGCUGGGGUGUGGGCUGUGUGGGAGGCCUGGGGGCCCUGCAGCGUCUCCUGUGGGGGUGGCCACAGAAGUCGGAGGAGGAGCUGCGUGGAUCCUCCGCCCAAGAAUGGUGGUGCUCCCUGCCCUGGGGCCUCCCAAGAGCGGGCACCCUGUGGCUUGCAGCCCUGCACGGGUGACACAGACUGUGGGCUGGGCCGUGUUCACAUCAGUGCUGAGCUGUGCCAGAAGGGGCUGGUGCCACCAUGUCCGCCGUCCUGCUUGGAUCCUGAGGCCAACAGAACAUGCAGUGGACGCUGUCUGGAAGGAUGCCGCUGCCCCCCUGGGCUUCUCCUCCAUGAUGGCCGCUGCCUGCCCCUCUCUGAGUGCCCUUGCCUGGUGGGCGAAGAGGUGAAGCAGCCGGGGGUGCCCUUCCUCCUGGACAACUGUAGCCGCUGCGUGUGCGAGAAAGGGGCCCUGGUGUGCGAGCCCGGGGGCUGCCCUGUGUCCUGUGGCUGGUCAGCUUGGUCCUCCUGGGGUCCCUGUGACCGCUCCUGUGGCUCUGGAGUGCGAACUCGGUUCAGGUCCCCUUCCAACCCUCCGGCUGCUUCUGGGGGUGCCCCGUGUGAAGGCAACAGGCAGGAGCUGCAGGCCUGCCACGUGGAAUGUGGGACAGAGUCGCUGGGCUGGACGCUCUGGGAGCCCUGGUCUUCCUGCUCCAGGAGCUGCCUUACCCUUGGAGGAGGCCCUGGGUGGCGCAGUCGUUCCCGGCUCUGCCCCAGCCCCGGUGACACCUCCUGCCCAGGAGAAGCCACCCAGGAGGAGCCCUGCAGCCCCCCUGUGUGCCCAGCGCAAAGCAUCUGGGGUCUGUGGGCUCCCUGGUCCACCUGCUCAGCCCCCUGUGAUGGGGGCAUCCAGAUUCGUGGGCGCAGCUGCUCCGGCUCCACCCCUGGGGACCCCGAGUGCCAGGGACCUCACAGCCAGACCAGGGACUGCAACACGCGGCCCUGCACAGGUGCCAACCUCCCCCUAACCCUUGCCGUUCUCUACCCAGCCACGUCCAGCCAGCCCCCCGGGGAUUUUGACCUCUCUCCACCCCACCUUCUCACAUCACUGACCUCUGGCUCCAGGUACAUAGAGCUCCAAGGGGCGGGGCCUGAUGGUGGCCAUGAUGGGUCCUCUUUCUGCAGCACCUGUAUCUCCGGUGAGAUGGUGUGCACCUCAGAGCCCUGCCCAGUGGCCUGUGGUUGGAGCCCCUGGACCCCCUGGAGUCUCUGCAGCCACAGCUGCAACGUGGGCAUUCGGCGGCGCUUCCGGGCGGGCACCGCACCCCCAGCUGCCUUUGGGGGUGCUGCGUGCCAGGGCCCCAAUAUGGAGGCCGAAUUCUGCAGCCUGCGGCCAUGUCGGGGUCCUCGUGGGGAGUGGGGCCCCUGGUCUCCGUGCUCCGUGCCCUGCGGCGGUGGCUACCGGAACCGCACCCGAGGCAGUGGCCCGCACAGCCUUGUGGACUUCUCCACCUGUGGUCUGCAGCCCUGUGCAGGGCCGGUGCCUGGCGUGUGUCCCGGGGGCCAGCGGUGGCUGGACUGUGCCCAGGGCCCUGCCUCGUGUGCAGAGCUCAGUGUCCUGCAAGGGGCUGACCAGACCUGCCACCCUGGCUGUUACUGUCCACCUGGGACGUUCCUGCUGAACAACGUGUGUGUGCCCUCCCAGGACUGCCCCUGUGCCCAUGGGGGGCGCCUUUAUCCCCCGGGCAGCGUGGUGCUUCGUCCGUGUGAGAACUGCUCCUGUGUUUCUGGGCUCAUCACCAACUGCACCUCCUGGCCCUGUGAGGAGGGUCAGCCCGUGUGGUCCCCCUGGACCCCGUGGAGCGAGUGCUCGGCCUCCUGUGGCCCUGCCCGACGCCACCGGCACCGUUUCUGCACCAGGCCCCCCACAGCGGAACCAUCCAUCCUGGGGCUGCCGUCCCCACUGACCUUGCCUACGCCUCUUUGCCCAGGCUCCGAUGCUGAGGAAGAGCACUGCCUCCUGGCAGCAUGUGACCGAGCUGGGGGCUGGGGUCCUUGGGGGCCCUGGUCCAGCUGUAGCCGGAGCUGUGGGGGGGGCCUGCGGAGCCGGAUGCGAGCCUGUGACCAGCCCCCACCCCAGGGCCUGGGGGAUUACUGCGAGGGGCCUCGGGCCCAGGGAGAGGCCUGCCAGGCCCUGCCAUGCCCAGUGACCAACUGCACCACCAUUCAAGGGGCUGAGUACAGCCCCUGUGGCCCUCCCUGUCCUCGCUCCUGUGACGAUCUCGUGCACUGCGUGUGGCACUGCCAGCCCGGCUGUUACUGCCCUCCAGGCCAGGUGCUGAGUGCUGACGGGGACUUCUGCGUGCAGCCCAGCCACUGUGGCUGCCUGGACCUGCUGAGUGGGGAGCGACACCGCUCAGGAGCUCGGCUGCUGAGGCCUGAUGGCUGCAACUACUGCACCUGUUCAGAGGGGAGGCUGAGCUGCACAGACCUGCCUUGCCCAGUGCCUGGUGGCUGGUGCCCAUGGUCGGAGUGGACGGCGUGCUCCCAGCCCUGCAGGGGCCAGACGAGGACCCGCUCCAGGGCCUGUGCUUGCCCCGCCCCUCAGCACGGGGGCGCCCCAUGUCCCGGGGAAGCAGGGGAGGCAGGGGCCCAGCAUCAGAAGGAGACCUGCCCCAGCUCGCCCGAGUGCCCAGUGGACGGAGCCUGGAGCCCAUGGGGACUGUGGUCUUCCUGUGACGCGUGCCUGGGGCAGUCCCAUCGGAGCCGGGUGUGUAUCUGGCCCCCCACCCCCGAGGGAGGCAGGCCCUGCCCUGGGGGCCACAGGCAGAGUCGCCCCUGCCAGGACAAUUCCACAAAAUGCACAGAGUGUGGGGGUGGCCAGGGUCUUCUCCCCUGUGGGCGGCCCUGUCCCCGCUCCUGUCAGGACCUGUCUCCCGGGAGUGCGUGCCAGCCGGGCUCGACGGGCUGCCAGCCCAGCUGCGGGUGCCCCCCUGGCCGGCUGUUCCAGGACGGCCUCUGUGUGCCUCCUGCCCUCUGCCGCUGCCAGUACCAGCCUGGAGCCAUGGGGAUCCCUGAGAACCAGAGCCGGUCAGCAGGGUCUGGGCUCAGCUCCUGGGAGAGCCUGGAACCCGGAGAGAUGGUGACCGGGCCCUGUGACAACUGCACCUGUAUGGAGGGCGUCCUGCAGUGCCAGGAGGUGCCCAGCUGCCCUGGGCCUGGAGUGUGGGGCUCCUGGGGCCCCUGGGAGGACUGCAGUGUUUCUUGCGGGGGAGGGGAGCAGCUCCGCUCCCGGAGGUGCGCCCGGCCCCCCUGCCCUGGGCCUGCCCGCCAGAGCCGCACCUGCCGCACCCAGGUCUGCAGAGAGGCUGGCUGCCCAGCUGGACGUUUGUACCGGGAAUGCCGGCCCGGCGAGGGGUGUCCCUUCUCCUGUGCCCACGUCACUCGCCAGGUGGGCUGCUUCUCCACCGGCUGUGAAGAAGGCUGCCACUGCCCUGAAGGCACCUUCCAGCACCACCUGUCCUGUGUCCAGGAGUGCCCCUGUGUGCUGACCGCCUUGCUGCUGCAGGAGCUGGGGGCUGCCGGCACUGACCCGGGGGCUCACUCACCCAUUUUGGGAGAGGGCGGUCAGCCCCUUGGGCCUGGAGAUGAACUGGGCUCAGGCCAGACCCUCCGUACAGGCUGUAGCAACUGCUCUUGUGUGCAUGGGAGGCUGUCUUGUUCAGUGGGCAACUGCUCUAAGGCCGCUGAUGGCUUCAGUCCCUGGGGGCCGUGGGGCCCGUGUUCCCGCUCCUGUGGUGGGCUGGGCACCCGCACCCGCAGCCGCCGGUGUUUGCAGGCCUCACUCGCCCCGGGCAGCCAGGGCUGCCGAGGGACCCUCCAGGAGCUCAAGUACUGCCCCAGCCCAGACUGCCCAGGGGCUGAAGGGUCCACGGUGGAGCCAGUGACCAGCCUUCCAGGCGGCUGGGGCCCAUGGUCGCCGUGGUCCCCAUGUUCUCGCACCUGCACAGACCCCACUCACCCUGCUUGGCGUGGCCGCGCUCGCCUCUGCCUGGCAAACUGCACCGGGGGGGACACUUCACAGGAGCGCCCUUGCAACCUGCCCUCCUGCACAGAGCUGCCCCUGUGCCCCAGCCCUGGCUGCAUGGCCGGGAACUGUUCCUGGACGGCCUGGGCCCCGUGGGAACCUUGCUCCCGAAGCUGCGGGGUGGGCCAGCAGCGCCGGCUGCGGGCAUACCACCCCCCGGGGCCCGGCGGGCACUGGUGCCCUGACAUCCUCACCGCUUACCAGGAGCACCGCUUCUGCAGCCUGCGGGCUUGCCCAGUGCCUGGAGGCUGGUCACGCUGGAGCCCCUGGUCCUGGUGUGACCGGAGCUGUGGGGGGGGCUGGUCCCUGAGGAGCCGCAGCUGCUCGAGCCCCCCGCCCAAGAACGGGGGUGCCCCCUGCGUGGGGGAGAGGCACCACGUGCGGCUCUGCAAUCCCGGGCCCUGUGAGCAGGGCUGCCCAGCGGGCAUGGAGAUGGUCAGCUGUGCCAACCGCUGCCCCCGCCGCUGCUCAGACCUCCAGGAGGGGGUCGUGUGUCAGGACGGCCAGGCCUGCCAGCCGGGCUGCCGCUGCUCCGAGGGCUUCCUGGAGCAGGACGGAGGCUGUGUGCCGAUCGGGCACUGCGAGUGUACGGAUGCCCAGGGCCACAGCUGGGCCCCAGGGAGCCAGCACCGGGAAGCCUGCCGCACCUGCACCUGCCGGGCCGGGCGGCUUUCCUGCACGGCUCAGCCCUGCCCACCGCCUGCCCACUGCGCCUGGAGCCGCUGGUCAGCCUGGAGUCCCUGCAGCCACUCGUGUGGGCCCGGAGGGCAGCAGAGCCGCUUCCGGUCCUCCACGUCUGGCUCAUGGGCUCCAGAGUGCCGGGAGGAGCAGUCCCAGAGCCGGCCCUGCUCUCAGCCCCCAUGCCCACCCCUGUGCCUGCACGGUGCCCGCCUCCACACCUUGGGGGACAGCUGGCUGCAGGGCGAGUGCCAGCAGUGGCCCAGAAGGUCUGGCCCACCUCUCGUUGUGGCCACCCUCUCCAUCUCUGCCCCCCUGGCUCCCAUCUGCCAACCUCUGGAGCACCUGCCAGGCCCCUCGCUCCCCGCAGGCCCUAUCCUCCGUGCAGCUACCUGGCUCUCCAAGCCCCGACCAUCACGACCCUUCCCUAGAGACAGCCACAGGGGCCGAGUGGGCGCUAGACGGGGCAGCACUGAGGACAGUUGCACACCUCCCUUUGAGUUCCAGGCCUGUGGCUCCCCCUGUGCCGGGCUCUGUGCCACGCACCUGAGCCGUCGGCUCUGCCAGGACCUGCCACCCUGCCAGCCUGGCUGCUACUGCCCUGAGGGGCUGCUGGAACAGGCUGGGGGCUGCAUUCCCCCAGAGCAGUGUAGCUGCCUACACAUCACAGGAGAAGGAGCCAGGGUGACUCUGGCUCCCGGGGACCGCCUGCAGCUGGGCUGCAAAGAGUGUGAAUGCUGGCGUGGGGAGCUGAAGUGCACCAGCCAGGGCUGUCAAGGUCUUCUGCCUCUGAGCGGGUGGUCCGAGUGGUCACCCUGUGGGCCUUGCCUGCCCCCUGGUGUGCUGGCCCCCGCCUCCAGGACUGCCCUAGAGGAGCGCCGGUCUCAGCACCCAGCUGGCCUCUCCCCGACCUUGUCCCCCUUGCUGGCUUCGGAGCAGCACCGCCAUCGCCUCUGUUUGGACCCGGAGACUGGGAGGCCAUGGGAUGGGGACCCAGACCUGUGCAUUGCACCACUCAGCCAGCAACGCCUCUGCCUGGACCCUAGGGCCUGCCAUGACUUAUGCCAGUGGAGUCCUUGGGGGCCCUGGAGCCCCUGCCAGGUGUCGUGCAGUGGGGGCUUCCGGCUACGCUGGAGGGAGGCAGGGGGCCCCCCUGGAGGAGGCUGCUGGGGGCCUUGGGCUCAGACUGAGAGCUGCAACGUGGAGCCCUGCCCAGGGGAGAGCUGUGAAGCCCAGGACACCGUGCCCACCCUUGACUGUGCCAACCAGUGCCCUAGAAGCUGUGUGGAUCUCUGGGACCGCGUGCAGUGUCUGCAGGGACCAUGCCGUCCAGGCUGCCGCUGCCCCCCUGGCCAACUGGUGCAGGAUGGGCGCUGUGUGCCCAUCUCCUCCUGCCGCUGUGGCCUCCCCAGCCCCAAUGCCUCAUGGGUGGUGGUCCCAGACGAGGUGGUACAGCUGGACUGCAAAAACUGCACCUGUACCAACGGGUCCCUGGUGUGCCCACACCAUGAGUGCCCAGUCCUUGGGCCUUGGUCAGCCUGGAGCAGCUGCUCUGCUCCCUGUGGUGGGGGCAGCAUGGGGCGACGUAGGAGCUGUGAGGAGGGUCCUAUGGGGGCGCCAUGCCAGGCCCAGGACACAGAGCAGCGGCAGGAAUGUAACCCGCAGCCCUGCCCUGAGUGCCCGCCUGGCCAGGUGCCCAGUGCCUGUGCCGCUUCGUGCCCACACCUCUGCUCGCAUCUGCAGCCUGGUGCCCUCUGUGCACAGGAACCCUGCCAGCUUGGCUGUGGCUGCCCCGGAGAGCAGCUGCUGCACAAUGGCACGUGCGUGUCCCCUGCGGCGUGCCCCUGCACCCAGAUCUCUCUGCCCUGGGGCCUUACCUUGACUCUUGAAGAACAGGCCCGGGAGCUUCCCCCAGGAACUGUACUCACCUGGAACUGCACGCGCUGUAUCUGCCAAGAUGGAGCCUUCAACUGCUCCCCAGCUGACUGUCGUGAGUGCCCCUCCGGGGAAAUGUGGCAGCAGGUGGCCCCUGGGGAGCCAGGGCCCUGCGAGCGGACGUGCCGGGAGCCCAAUGCCACGGAGACCCAGGGCAGCUGCGGUGUGGGGCAGGCCCCAGGCUGUGUGUGCCAGCACGGACACUUCCGCAGCCAGGCGGGCCCCUGCGUGCCCAUAGACCACUGCGAGUGCUGGCACCAUGGGCGUCCCCACCCGCCUGGAUCCGAAUGGCAGGAGGCCUGUGAGAGCUGCCGCUGCCUCCGUGGGAGGAGUGUCUGCACCCAGCACUGCCCCCUCCUCACCUGUGCCCAGGGCGAGGUGACCGUGCAGGAACCAGGGAGCUGCUGUCCCACUUGCCGCCGAGAGGCUCCGGAGGGGCAGGCAGCCUCCUGCCGGCAUCUCACGGAGCUGCGCAACGUCACCAAGGGCGCCUGCUACCUGGACCAGGUGGAAGUGAGCUACUGCAGUGGGCACUGCCCAUCCAGCAUCAGCGUCAUGCCUGAGGAGCCUUACCUGCAGAGCCAGUGCGACUGCUGCAGCUACAGCCUGGACCCCGAGAACCCUGUGCGGGUCCUGCACCUGCGCUGUCCCGACGACCACGCGGAGCCCGUGGUGCUGCCGGCCAUCCGCAGCUGCCAGUGCAGCGCCUGCCAGGGAGGUGAUUUCUCAAAGCACUGA